AUGAAGUUCUCCAUCCUUCUAGGCGCCGUCUCUCUUGCAGGCUAUGCCUCCGCGUUUUGGGGUCAAAUGGCCGCUGGUAACUAUCAACAAUACGAAGGAACGACAUACCAGAUUAUCACUCUGACCGACUACUACACCGGGUCUAUCUACACGGGAUCUUUGCCCGGCGGAUUCAACGGUUGUGUGGCUUCACACUGCGCAAUCACGUAG